AUGUUACAAAUAUUAUUUGCUGCUUUUAUUACAUUAUACUUGUUCUACGAGUUUUAUUGGAAAAGAAGAAAUUUCCCGCCAGGUCCAACACCUCUUCCAAUCGUCGGUAACCUGUUGGAAGUGUUGUUGAAAAGUCCCGGCUAUGAGGCUUAUCAGAGGUGGAAAAGAGAUUUUGGAGCGGUGCAUACAUAUUGGAUUUGCGGUCUCCCGAUUGUUUCAAUUGCCGACUAUGAAAUCAUCAAAGAAACCUUUAUAAAAGACGGGGAAAACUUGACUCUGCAUACUUUACGUGAUUUUGGAAUGGGUAGAAAUAUUAUGGAAGAACGGGUGAUGAUCGAGGUGGAUUUUCUCCUUGAGAGACUCGCCACGCAAAAGGAAAACGUUUACAUGCAGAAUGAGUUCGACAUCGCCGUUGGCUCGGUGAUCAACAAUAUUCUUUUCGGAUAUCGUUUUGAUGAGGAGCAUCUUCACGAGUUCGACCUUCUCAAAGCGGCCCUUCGUCAACUAGUCUACAAAUUGCAAAACCCGUUAAUCAUUUUGGCCAGCUGUUCUCCAAUAAUCAAAAGCCUUCCUUUUAUAAAUGGUUUUUAUAAUCGUUUGCUUGCCGAUCGAGAUGUCCUUUAUGGAUUCGUACGAAAGCAAAUCGCUGAAAAGAGAAAACAGAUCAAUUAUGGUGUGGAUAGUUCGGAGGAUUUCGUGGAAAGUUAUUUGAAAGAAUGGGAAAGAAAAAAAGGGACGAAACAAGAGGAAUUCUAUUUUGAGCAACAACUUGAGGCAGUGAUUUUCGAUAUUUGGACCGCGGGAAUGGAGACCACCUCAAACACCCUUACUUGGUCAAUUGUCUACAUCAUGAACAACCCGGAUGUGCAAACGAAAAUUCACGAAGAGUUGGAUCGAGUGAUUAGAUCGGAUCGAAAGAUUACAAUGAGCGAUAAAAACUCUCUACCCUACACCAAUGCUGUGAUUAGUGAAGUUCAACGACUUGCCAAUCUUGUUCCUCAAAACCUCUGUCGAUUGAAUUCGGAAGAAGUUGUGGUUAAAGGAUAUAAAAUCCCUGCUGGAACCAUUAUGGUUCCACAAAUCUGCAGUGUUUUGUACGAUGAAAAGAUCUUCCCCGAUCCAUACAAAUUCGAUCCAAAUCGUUUCUUGAAACCCGAUGGAUCCUAUCAAAAUCGUCCCGAACUUGUCCCGUUUUCCGUUGGGAAGCGACAAUGUGCUGGAGAGGGAAUGGCGAAAUUGGAACUCUAUUCAUUCCUGGCAAAUCUCUUUCAACGAUUCAAAAUAUCUUGCAAAACCCUUCCUUCGCUUGAGAAAACGAUGGGCACCGUUGUUACAUCAAAGCCAUAUUAUUGUGAUUUUGAGGAGAGGCACAAA